AUGCUUUGCAUUGACCACAAUGGGGACCUUCGCAUAGAAGCAUCGCCGUCCAUUGCAGGCUGCGAAAAGGCAAUUUUCACAGACGACGUGCAGGACCGAUUUCUGAAGUCGGUGACUACAGCAUGGCAGUCCAGCCUGCAGAGUCUCCAUUCCAACACCUUGAGUCACAUGAGCGGCGAUGUCACGGGGAAGCCAAUGCUUCUGUCCAGUCCUUCAAUCGGCCUACAGCACACAUGGUAUCAGCCAAGUCUCCCACGACAGACCGGCCUCAUUCCCUGUGAAUGGCAGUCCUUGCAAAACAAGCGUCACAGGCGUAGCUUGAGACAUGAACUCUCGGGCAUCGGACUUGAUUUGGAUUCCGCUUCACCCACACCGUCGCUAAGGCGCACAGCACUUCGACUAGGGCAAACAGAUCUUGUGCGACGAUACUAUGAGAAGGCAUUCGAAGCUUUUCAACAGCUAAACUGCAGGGUCAUCGCCAAAGCAUUUGUGAAAUUGGUGGAACCGCGCAAGCAGGUCAACCACCCAUACAAUGGACGACGGGCUGCCGGAGGAUCAUCACAGAAGAUGGAUUCUGAAUUGACUAAGCCGAAAUGGUGGCCGACAGGGGUGACACACAAAGAGCCCGACCAUCUUCAAAAGGCCGAGAGAAUCAGGCUGCUUGUUCAUAUUCUGUGUGAACUGAAAGAGAGUCGAGGAAUCACUGCUGAGAAGCUCAAGGAUGCUGGACAAGACGUGCGGCGCCAGAUUCAGCCCGAGAGCCGUCUACAAGUUCUUGAUGAGAUAUACUACGUUCGUUAUAUGGAAGAAUUGUACAUGGAGGGCAAAAUUAGCGGGGACACAAUGAUCUACGUUUCUCAUGUCCAUCUGGAUGAGGACUUCUUGUUCGCUGAAUCACGGGACCAGACAACUAACAACUCUCGUGAACUGUCACUCCCGAUUAUGAACAACAAGCCAGAUGCCCCCAAAGCGACGGAGGGAAGCAAGAGUCCUGGGGACCAGAGUGAAGUGCAAGCCGCCACGGACAAAUCGCACACUGACAUGCCUGUACCUUCCGACGAGCGGCGCCUGCCACCAAUGGAGGUGAAUCACCAAACAAAACGCUCCGCCAAUCAGGACUACUGCUACCCUCCUUCGCCGGUAUCCAGCCCCUCCAUCAGUCGGAAGAGCUCCUUGGAAAGCGGCUUGUCUACAUACUCAACAGACAUGGCCGCACCGAUGCUGUCAGGGAGUGAACCCAACGGGGGGUCCUGUGCUUCUAGGGAUAUCCAUACCACCGAGGCUUCAUGCAUGCCGGAUUAUUUUGGUAGCCAGCAAAUGGCCACUUCAUGUGCUGAACAAAGUCACCAGCCUGGAUUUUGGAGCCUCCCACCGGCCCAUACGGCGCUCCCAUAUAACGGAUACUGAUGUGGCAAAUCACCGAAAGACGCACGGCGGGGACCCUUUCCAAAUGACGCUCUGUAUAUACUGAAUGGUCUUAGCCAUGCCGAGAUCUGGAUCACCCCUCCAUUUGCGCUUGCAUAAUUUCCUAUGUACUACAAUAUUUUUGGGGGGUUUCAUGUUUGAGGAAGUGACUGUACUCUGAAUACGUGGAGUUCAGCGGCACUGUGGCUGGCGCAAGUGGCGGAUACGUACUAUUUGUGAUAUAGACAACUUUCUGUAUUAUUUCAUUUUCUGGACAAGGUGCAAAACAGCGAGAAAAGGUGGUCAUCAAUCAUUUACUGACAGUCAUUAUUAUUCGUUGCAUAUAGGAGAACCAAGACAAUUUGAUAAGGGGAGAUAUCAUAGACCAUCUAUUUUUGGUUUGUGUUGGGUUGCUGCAAUUACUACUGAGUGAUUUAUCCCGCAUGAAGCGGAGUAGUACAGCACCUGCCAGGUGUUCAAG